UAUCAAGAAAGAUUGCUGCAUCAAGUAGUGAUAAUUCAAAAACGUUUGGAUCGAUACCUUAUAUCGAUCCAAAAAGAUUGAAUGAUCAAAAAAAUUAUAAAUUAAAUAAAAAGUCUGAUGUAUAUAGUGUUGGUGUUCUAAUGUGGCAAAUUUCAAGUGGAUAUCAACCAUUUGCUAGUGAUGAUUAUGACGCAAGUUUAGUUUUAUCGAUAAUAAUAAAUGGAAGAAGAGAAGAGAUUAUUGAUGGAACUCCUGAUGAAUAUAGUAAAUUAUAUACUGAAUGUUGGAAAUAUGAACCAAAUGAACGUCCAGAUAUGCAAGAUGUUGUUUCAACUCUUAAAGCUAUUAUUUUUCCCAAACAAAAUAAUGCAAGCUUUGAUGAUGUUAAUGAAAAAGGAAAUGUUUUAUUAGGAAAAUCUAAAUCAAUUCUAAAGUCAAGUAAAAGAAUCACAAAUGUAAAUAAGAGUUUAUCAAUACCUAAUAUAUUAAACUAUAUCCAGUCUGAGAGCAAUUCAAGUUCGGGAAAAAAUUUAACUAUUCGAAGUAGAAAUAUUGUUCAGUAUGAAUCAGGCAAAUGUUAUCAAAAUGGAUUAGAAAUUGGAAAAAAUGAAAUAUUUAAAUUGUAUAAUAAAGCAGCAGAAAAUGGGGAUAGUUUUGCACAAUAUAAUUUAGGUUUAUAUUAUCAAGAAAUUGAAAAAGAUGAAAUUAAAGCAUUUGAAUGGGUUGAAAAAUCUGCUAAACAAGGACAAAGUGAUGCACAAAAUUAUUUAGGAUAUUUUUUUGAAAAUGGCAUAGGAGUGCAAAAAGACUUGAAAGAAGCCUGUAAUUGGUAUGAAAAAUCAGCAAAAAAUGGAAAUAAAUUUGCACAAUAUAAUCUUAUUUCAUAUUAUUCAAAUGAACAUGAAAAAUUAGUUGAACAAGAAAAUGAAUAUCAAUUAGGAUAUUUUUAUGAAAUUCAAGAAGAUUCAGAAAAAUCUUUUUAUUGGUAUCAAAAAUCAGCAGAAAAUGGUAACAAAUUUGCACAAUAUAAUUUAGGUUUGUAUUAUCAAAGUGGAUGGGGAAUUGAAAAAAAUGAAAUCGAGGCAUUUAAAUGGUAUGAAAAAUCAGCUAAACAAGAUAAUAGUGAUGCACAAAAUUAUUUAGGUUUUCUUUACAAAAAUGGUAUAAUUAAACAAGAAGAUUUGGAAAAAUCAUUUUAUUGGUAUCAAAAAUCAGCAAAAAAUGGUAAUAAGAUUGCACAGUAUAAUUUAGGUAAUUUUUAUCAAUAUGGGUGGGGAAUUGAAAAAAAUGAAAUUGAAGCACAAAAAUGGUAUAAAGAAUUAGCUGGACAACACCACAAAUUUUUUAUUGAAAAUAAGGAACUCUUAGAAAAUAUUACCAAUGAAAAUCCUUUUAAUCAUAUUCAGUUUGAUGAGCCCAUUUUUAAUACAAAUGAUACAAAUAAUUCAGAGUUUAUUACAGUAAAAACAACCAUUUUUCCUGGAAUUUCUGAAGCUUCAUAUAUUGAAGUAAAAAAGUUGCAAAAAUUACUUAUCAGCCGAAAAGAUGAUAUUGAUCAUAUAUUAGAAUUGCAACCUGUAUAUACCAUAGGAAUUGAUUUUCAAAAAAAUUCUACCAGACCAUGUAUUGCAUGUUGGGUUGCCAAGUCACUUGAUACUACAGUUUUGGAAUGUCUUGAAACUAUAUUUGAAUAUCAAUUUGAAGUUAUAUACAAAAUAGCAACACCUUUAAGUAUAAAUGAAAAUAAUAAACAGAAUUUAAACAGCAGCAAUUAUUUUGCUAAAGAAUUUGAUAAUGAUAAUUUAACUAGUUACUAUAAUGAAGAAAGCUUAGAAGAAAAUAGUAAUAAUAGCAAACAUGGUAAUGGUAAUGGUAGUGGUAGUGGUAGCAGUAAUGAUAAUAAUGGUAACAAUGAUAGUAACAAUAAUAAUAACAGUAAUAAUGAUAAUGGUAGUAAUAAUGCUAAUAAUCAUAAUGAUAGUAGCAGUAGUAAUAAUAAUAGUAAUGAUGGUAAUGGUGGCGGCGGUGGUGGUGGUUAUAAUAAUAGGAAUAAACAAGUUAAGGAAAUCUACAUUUUCUCUGAUGCAAAUGCUAGGGUUAAUGAUUCAUCUGAUUCAUCAACGCAAGAUUUUAAUAUUUCUGCUAAAUUUUGGGCAGAAAUUAAUCUUCUUAGAAGUAUUAAAACUCUAAAAUAUAAUAUUGAUGUAUAUGCUUGUGGAAUUGGAGAGCUGCUUAGUAAGAACAGUAAGAGUUGGUUAAGUUUAGGUUAUGUACUUGAAUCUAUUAAAGUUCAAGUUUCUCCAUUACCUGAGUGUGGAAAUGGAUUAUUUCACUUAAAAGAAGCUUCAAAGCCAACACAAUUGAAUAAUGAUGUCGAACAUACAGUAGGUGAUGAAAAUAAUUAUGGUGGAGCAGUUGAAAUAUCACCUACUCCGAAAGCUACGGCUUCAUAUGUACGUAAAAAGAAUAAUACUACUAAAUACUCAAAACAUAAAUGGGAAUUUAAAUAUAUUUAUAGUAAAGGAGAGUCUUGGUCACAUAAACGUAACAAUAAACUUAAAAUAGAUGAAGAAGCUUAUGCUCCUGGAGUUCAUUCGGGUGAGUGGUUUGUUCAUGAAGGGAUGCAUGGAUUUUGUAUUAUUAUUACUCAAGUAUUACGUUAUGAGAUUAUUCGUGGUCAGCGUAAAUUCAAUUUAAUUAGGAAAAUUCCAUUGCAGCAGUUUCCUCCAUUAGCUCACAGCGUUAAAAUAACUGUUAAUGGUCUUAACGACUUUAAUGGCAAAUUAGAAAGGCUAAAAAAGGAGUGUUAUAAUAAUACUUCCGGUAUCAACUUUACUGUUGGCAGCAAUAAAAUAGGAAAUAAAGCCGAACCAGAGGAUUUGGAUGAGAAGAUGGGAAAUAUCGAACGUUCAUUGACUCAAUCUGAAGCAAUGUAGCAAUCAAAUAUUGGAAGCAUAAGAAAGAAAUAAUUAUAUUUUAUUAUUGAUCAAUAGUAUUUUGUUAUUUAUUAUAUUUUUAAAUUAUAUAUAUAUUGGAGUAAUGUAAACUAUUUUUUUCACAUUAUUGUAAUUAAAACAAAAUC